AUGCAUUUAAAUAAAUUAUAUGUUUGCCUUUUCGUUACAUUACUACUCAUCACUUUAACGACAACAACAGACGCAUCACCAGCCCCAAGUCCACCGGACAGUGGAACAAUAUGGAACUCUGGUGAUAAAGUCACAAUCUCAUGGACAGAAAAUAAAGCUUCUCCAUUAAUUUCGGAUAUGAGCGGAAUUAACAUACAAUUAAUGACUGGAGCAGAUUUAUCGCAGGUUCCUUUGGUUGAAAUCGCAAAAGGACUUGCUACCGAUCAGACUUCGUAUUCGUGGACAGUACCGCCAUUGUCUGAUUUGGGAUUCCCGGCGGGAAAAAUUUAUUUCAUCAUGUUUUCUGAUUCAUCUAAACCUGGUUCUGGAGUUAGUUGGUCAACGCGAUUCACUAUUUUGGAUGGAAAGGCACCGGUUGUCACUUACAAUCCAACAUCACCGUUUACUAUUACAAAGAGUGGAGGUAGUAGUUCACCAACAGCACCACCAAGUGGAACCACCACCGUUGUUGUUACAGCAAACAUCACUACAUCAACAACUUCCAGCACUUCAUCUACUCCAAACGUAGUCACCUUAACAGAGGACGAUACACCAACGCAGAGCCCAACAAUUCCUCCUCUUGUGCAAAACUCUGGUAUACGAAUACAAUCCAGCAUGCACAUUAUUAAUAUUGCUUCAACUCUGUUAUUAUUGUGCGCUGGUAGUGUUUUCUUAACACUAAUAUAA